CGCCGCGGCGCGAUGCGCCACCGAUGCCGGAGCCUCUUCCGCCUGCGCCUCCGCCUGCGCGCCGUCUGCCGCCGGCGCCUCGGCUGUGGGCGCCGGGCGGGCUCGUCGACCGGGCUCGCCCUGGGCAGCUUCCCGGGGCCCGGCGUGCCGCCGCCUCCGGAGCCCAGGGCUCGAGGGGAGCCCCCGCCUCCAGCCGGGCGCGCCGACCUUCUCGCCGGAAGACGUGGGCGCCUGGAGGCGCCACCUGGAGGCCGAGGGCUUCGUGCGGCUGCGGGGCGUGCUGAGCCUUCAGGAGGUCGAGAGCGGCGUCUCGCUGUUCUGGGACUGGCUCGAGGGCCUCGGGGGCGGCGCGCGACGCGCGGACCCCGCCACGUGGACGGCGGAGAACUUCCCCGGCAAGUUGAAGUACGGGUUCUUCUGCACCCGCGGCGGCGGCCAGAGCGAGGCGGCGUGGGCGCUCCGCGGCAGCAGGACCCUGCACAGGGUGUUCUCCCACAUCUGGGGCACCGAGGAUCUCAUCGCCUCGCUGGACACCUUCAUUGGCUGGCGCCCCUGGUGGCCAGGGGCGGGGGGCGACGAGUCGUGGCGGCCGGGCACGGAAGGCAUGCACUGCGACCAGAACCCGCACAACCGGCGCGGGUUGGCGGCGGUGCAGGGCAUGCUCGUGCUGCGACCCGCCACGCGCGAGCUGGGUGGCCUGGCGGUGGCCCCGCGUACCCACACCGACGGCGUUCAGGACCACCUCGCGAGCCUCUUCGACGCGCGCCGCGGGGAUUGGCUGCCGCUGGAGAUGGAGCACCCAGAGGAUCCGCUCGUGCGCUGCGGGGAGCUGGUGGAGGCUGACCCGGGGGACCUCAUCUUGUGGGACUCCCGCGUCCUCCACGGGGCUCACGUGGGGCCCGGGCCAAGCGGGGGCCAAGCCCCUCCGCCCGCCCUCGCCCGGCUCGUCUUCACCGUGUGCUUCGUGCCCCGGGGCUGGGCGCCCCAGAGUGUGCUCGAGGCCAGGAGAGGCGCGGUGGAGAAGGGCCUGACCCUCACCCACUGGCCGCACGCCUACGAUCCCCAUACGUUCCAGGACACCGACGGCAGCGCGCUCGCCUCCCUGGAGCAGUGGCGCGAGAGCUACCGGCCCCCGGCCAUGGACGCCUGGAGGGGAUGGCGCUCGUGCCCCUGGAGGCGUUCGGCGAGCAGGCCCAGGAUAGCGCGGCCGGGGGCAUCUGGCUGUUGCUCGUCAACGAUAACAACAACAACGCCGACCAGAUCGGCACACAGUUCGUCCUGCUGCGGCUAA